GCGCCUGCUGUUGUUUCACUUUCUGUGAUGCCAGAGUUCAGGACACGUCAUUACAGACAGAAGUGCUUGGAGCGGCUAUUUUGUCGCUAAGCAGCUGUGGUGCCAGUGACUGUGUACAGUUGGAUACCGGUUACCUGGUGUACCACGAUGGACCGGGACGGGAUGAAGCACCGCGAAAUGAGCGGGUAUAGUGUGUAUGAAGAGGAGAACGAGAAACUGACUGAAAAUCUAAGGAACAAAGCUACUGCUUUAAAAUCUCUUUCUAUUGAAAUUGGAACUGAAGUAAAAUAUCACAAUAAAUUACUAGGGGAAAUGGAUUCAGACUUUGACUCAGCAGGUGGACUCUUGGGAUCUACGAUGAACAGACUGAAAAUUUUAUCAAGAGGAAGUCAAUCAAAGCUGCUCUGCUACAUGUUGUUGUUUGCAUUAUUUGUCUUCUUUGUGAUUUACUGGUUUAUUAAGCUCAGGUGAUAAAAUACUAUUAUAUAUUUGAUAUUGUGCCAUGUUAUUUUUCCAGAGAAUAUAAAUCAGUGCCUAUAAUCUGUAGAUCGUUCUUCAGUUUAAUAGGCCAUUAUUUAGCCUGAGCAAAGUGAGCAGGGCUCAGACAGUAAUUCCUUUUUUGUAUCUUAUCAGUUGUACAUUGUAAGGUCUUAAUACAGGGACUCUUGUGACAAUAUAUUGUGCUCUUAUUAGUAUAGUUAAGAUUGAACUUAUGAUAGGAGGGAUGACCUGAAUAUAUGUGGUAAUAUGGAGAAAUGCUGCGCUCUUGUAAUGACGACACACCCACACCACUGUUUGGACUGUUGACCAAUUUCAAUAGUGAACUUGCUUCUUUGGACAUUUCUUCCCAGUUGCUCUUUUUUAUUUUGUACGGAAUGACAGAAGCUCUUCGUUUUCGAGAAGACGCAUUGUUAUCUAUAUGUAAAAAAAUAUAUAUAUAUCUUAUUGAACUGUAUGAUAUACUGGAAAUCUUAGAAAAUAAACUACACUUUAAAUAUUUUAA